AUGGACGACCAAGUCCUCUCCGAGCCCCCCCGUCGUUCCGUCGAUCUUCGGCCUUCGCAAGCGACACGGCGGGGCACGCGUUCACUCGGGGGCGCCGACGAGAUGCGCCGGCACCUCACGUCGCCGUCGCCAGCCGCCUCUCCGAUGGACCUCGACGACCUCCUCACCGAGAUCCUCCUCGCCUAUCCCCGCUGCCGUCCUCGCUCCCCCUGGCGUCCCUCGUCUGCACCCGCUGGCGCCGCCUCGUCACGGACCCCAGCUUCAUCCGCCGCUUCCGCGCCCACCACUGGAGACCCCUCGGCGUCUUCUUCGGCAGCGACGACCAAGCGCGACUGCCAAGCCGACUGCGACGGCGACGGCAGACGUGGCUACGCCUGGGUACCCCACGGCAGCCGCCACGGGCGCGAGGUCCUCUCCCACAGCCUCUACGGCCACGGCACCCGCGAGUUCCUGGUGUGGAACCCCGUCACCGGCGAGCACCACUUCCUCGACAUCACGCGGUUCUUGGACCCUGACCGGAACCAGAACGGGGCGUACAUGAAAGGGGCGGUGAUCCGCGCCGCCAGCGACAAGGGACCCUUCAAGUUCGCGCUGGCGUGGGACGAAAUCCACCACGGCACUGCACACAUCUGCGUUUACUCGUCGGAGACCAGCCCGUGGGGCGACGUCGUCUCUGCGGCGUUCGACUCCUGGUCCACCGUUGGCCUUGGAAACGUCAUGGUUGGGAACACACUUUACUCGAUCCUGUUUGGCAAUCAGGUUCACAUCCUUCAGUUUGAUUUAGGUACCCAGGACCUGGCUGUGAUUGAGGUGCCACCGAGUGCCUAUGAAGACCAUUAUGGUAUCUACUUGUGUACGCUAGCAGACGGUUUCGGGCCUAGCUUGAUCGUCAUGUCAGCGGACCUCAGAGCUCAGCUGUGGGUACUGUGGGAGAGGACUGCCGACUCUGAUGGUGGUGGUGGUGCUCGAUGGAUGCGUGGACGAAUAGACAGGCUUCUUGGUCUGAGACCGGGAGGGUACUGGAAAGUGCUUUGGCUUGCAGGGGAUGACAAUCUGAUUUUUGUGUCAACGUAUAGCGGCGUCUUCAUGGUCCAUCUCGAGUCGAUGCAGUCUGAAAAGAUUUUCGAAACCAGUCCUCUUAGCGAUUGCAGGACUGUCCAUCCAUUGAAGAAUCUAUAUGCUCCAGGUCCUUUUUAA